AGGAGACCAACGAGAAGUCCAUAUCAAUGUUGAAAAGGGAAAUGCUGCUGUGAAUGAAACGGUUGCUUGUGCCCCCAAUAACAACGCUGCAGAGGAUGCUGGAUUUAAGGACAAUUUUAAGACCCCUACACGGAUUUGUGAGUGUCUUAGCAUGCACAUUGGUAUACGUAGGCUUUGAAGAAUGAGCCGCCAGAGAAUUUGUUUUACCCGUUGGAUUUCAAUGUUUUUAGAGCUGAGCAUACCAGCCCAUCAAUGGAUGUACCCUCGAAUGAGUUGCAUGACUUGAUAAAAGCAGACGAGAUAGAGGUGAAGUCUUCAGAUGAUGAUGAGGAUGUGAACAAAGUUGGCAAUGAUGAUGAGAAAUGUACGCAGAUGGUGGUUUACGCCCCAAUGAACGAUGAUGCUGCACCUAUGGAUGAAGGUGAAGCGGCAAACAGGCCAAGGAGAUAAUCUAAAGCUCCAAAAAGAUUCACUCCCGGAGAAGAUGCACUUGGAAGGGGGAAUAAACGGCCGAAGAGAGACACGUGUAGGUACAGGGCGGACAGAAUGGAAGAAGAAUUGUUUAAAGGACCAUUCAGUGAGGAUCCUGAGGCAAUGCCACCAAAAGAAGCAUUGAAGAGAGUGGAUGAUGUUUUGUUUGAUGGGCUGUUGAAGAAUCAUAUAAAAGAGCGUGGUAGGAAGUAUUAUUCUGGGAAGGAUCAGAUGGAUCCAAUGGAGUUUAAGUCACUAUAUGGGUUGGAGGCGACGUUGAGUAAGAGUUGGUAUUACAAGCUUUUUUUUUCAUGGGCAUGGCUAGAUGAUGAGCAUAUGCAGGUGGUAUUCUACUACUUGAGGAUGAAGGGGAUCGAGUUUGGGUUUCAACAGAAGUAUACCACAACGGACCCGUCCUUUCUUACGCUGUUGAACUCGUUGUAUCAGAGGUACCUUAAACAGGAGUUAACAAUUAAAGAUGCAGCGAGGAAUAGCAACAUGAUGGGUACUAUAGUUGGUGGGAAGCUAGAAUUUGGACGUCCAUGGGUAGAAACAGACUUUGUUUACAUGCCGUUAGGCACGGAAGCACAUUGGACAUUGUUGGUCCUCAGUAUUAGAGAGAAAAUGAUACGAGUUUAUGACUCAAACGUUAGGAGGGGUCAAUCUUUGAAACAUAUCCACACCCACCUUCCGUGCCUUCAAACGUUCCUACCAAAGAUAAUGGACCGACUUGGAGUUUAUGGAGAUAAGAAAGAAGAAGACUUGGGCAACAUAGCAUUGCGUGUGGAGGGGGUUCCAAACUGUCCUCAACAAGUGGAUGGGUCAAGCUGUGGAAUAUUCGUACUAAAAUUCGCAGAAUACCUGAUGAUGGGCAAGGAUGUGGGGGGCAUUAAUGCUGUUAAAAUCAAUGAUUACAGGAAGAAAAUGACGGUGGAACUAAUGAAUUACGCAGCAUUGGCAGGUGUUAAGAAAUGAAUUGUUUUGAUUUAUUUCUUGCUUACUAGACGAGAGUAAUUGGUAUUGUUUAUUACGGAUGCACGGGACGAAAAUACCCUCCCGGCUUCGCGUGAGGUUCACUGCAUUUUUCAACUAGUCUGCGGUGCACGUGACAAAAAUACCCUCCCGGCUUCGCUUGAGGUUCACUGCAUUUUUCGACUCGUGUGUUGGCCCUUUGUCUUUUGCAUCUGCAACGACAUCGGCAGCAAUAGUGCAUUGGGUG